CGUAAAGGCGUCACCAGGAGGGCUGCAUCUGCUGCUGAUCCUCGGCAGCGUCCACGCGCCGUGACUCUCUCCAGCGCGACGGAAGCGGACGGUGGCGCUGCUCCAGCCCUGCAGGAGACAAAGAAGGACCUCACUCGCAGCAGAGCCAAACUGGGGGGAGAGAGAUGACCCUUGUCUUGUCCAUGAAUCCAUUCCUGGAGCCAGAGGUAGACCCUCCCCUCUCCUCAUGGGAGUCAGAGCGCUGGACCAAGAGCCGCCCGUCCAGCCCAGCAGCCACUUGCACCUCUGUAGGGUCUUUAACCCCAGAUGCCACCUGCAGGCGCCUUCCUGAUCAACGCUCCAAGAUUGCCUACUUCAAGAGGAAGUUAGUUGACUGUGAGGAGGUUCCUUUAACCUUCAGGACCUACUGCCAAAUGGUGACGCCGGUGUUGGAAGAGAGGGCUCACAUCCUGCGCCUCUCUUUGGAGAAGAUGCGUUUCAUUGACGACCCAGAAGCCUUCCUGCGGCGCUCCGUCCUGGUCAAUAACCUCUUGGGACGCUUGCGGGCGGAGAUCUUGCUCCAGAGCUCUGACUGCUGUUUCUCUCCAAACUCUGCCUCUCCCACCGCUCCCUGCAUCAUGCCGCCGACCGCCGCACCUGCUCACCCAGCACUGCGCGCCUUACCUCCGCGUAUCUGCCUCGCACCCCAAGGUGGACCCCCCUUUCGCAAGCGGUUCCGUAUGGUCCGUGUGGGCCAAGGAGACCUUCAGUCGGAGCGCGCCCAGACCUGCUGCUGCUUCUACGCUGCGGCAGCAGCUGCAGGCCACGACCUCCACCUCCCACUCUCGGCUUAUGACGCGCCACUGUCCACCUGCCCGUCCACACCAUCCUCCUCCCUCCUGCAGCUCAACACUCACAGCAAACUUGGACUUGCAGUGGAGGAUCAUGACACUGUGGAAGAGCAGGAGGAGGACGAUGAGGUGGAAAAAGAAGAAGCAGGUUCAUCUGUGGAGCACAAAUGUAGGACUAGGACGAGUGAAACAAGGACUGCUGAGGAGACGGGGGAGGAAGAGGAGGAGCUGGAAGAGGAAGGAGUGACGCAUUGUCAGUGCCACUUACAAGUGAAAAGGCACACGUCACAUUUGUGGCUUCGUCGGCUUCAUAGACACUGAUGGUACUGCUGCUCCUGGCUCUUGAUACGGGCAUCCACUCUGCGUCUGUCUUCACAAGAUCAUGGCAGACUCAGGGCUGUCCCCAGCACUCUAGCAGCGUUGUGGCCUCCUACCUUGGCAUUUUCCCUGGAAGAAAUGUCUUGCACUUUCUCCUCGCACACUUUAGUGGUGCAGUGGUCUCCAGGAGCUUCUGCUGGUGUUCGGGUGCUUCAAACUCGACUAUAAAUGUGCAGUGAUGUUAACUGUCAGCGCCGUCUAGUGAGAGUGAGCUGAUCGACAGCAGGCAGGACACUAGAGGAAAGUACUUUUCGUCUCAAUCGUCGACAUGUUUGCAGCUGGUCUGGUUUGGCAGGUUGUCAGCAAUGCUAGUGGUUUGCACUGAGCUUUUGGUAUUUUAACCCUUUCACAUUUUUGAAUUGAAACUGAUUUUUUUGUUAAACAAAGAGGGGAAAACAAAUAAAAAAACAACUUUAAAUUGAACACUGCUGCAAAAAAGAGAAAACUGUUUGAAAGAGUAGACUAAUCUUUUGUGAUAAGAAAACUGAAAACCAACUGAAAUUCUUUUAAAACAAAAGUUAAAAGUAAUUUAGGCAGAGAAAAACAUCACUUUCAUGUAUUAAAAAUCAAUAGUCAUUGUUGAGCCGGGACAAUAUAAGCACUAAACCAGGGGCUCUGAACCUUCCCAUCCCUUCAUUAGAACUGAUCCAUGACUCUCAAUUUCAUCUGUGAUCAACAGCCAUAUUUGGUCGACUGACGCGUAAACAAACCAAAACCUUGUGAAACAACAUGAGACCUUGCGAUCGUCGCAAAGAUAUUUAUUUGUCAUGGAAAAGUCCAACCAGCAGAAGCAGGUGCAAGUCGUAUUUAUCACAUUUCCUAAAGAAAAAAAGAACAGAAACUGAAUAAAAUUCAAAAUAUAAUAAAACCAAGUCUAAAUAUUGUAAACAUUUUUUUUUAUUUAAACUCCAAAAAGGAUACAAGUACAAGUGUUGCAAUUGAUUUUAACAAUGCUCCAACAGGUGCUUUCACAAACAGUUUUUUCACUGUUCGGGAGGCGCCAUCACUUUCUUCUUCAUUGUUUCUUUCCACGAACUUCUCCAUAGUUGGUGACUAUCACAGAUGUGCAGCGGUCAGGUCAGUUCACUGACUCACUACUGCCGCCACACGUGGCUCAUGUAUCAGAACUGAGCGUCUCACGGCCCAGAGGUGGGAAACAAAAACCUUUUAGCGGCCCUCUAGGGGGCGCUCGCGGCCCUGCGGUGAAGCAUCAUUGCUGUAAACAACAGUUGUGUCACAAUAACAACUCCAAGUGCCUUGUUGUUGCACCUGGCCUUAUUUCGUGUGUCUGGCUGACAGAAGGAACACAGCACAGAAAACAGCUCCAUUUCCAACCUCAUGCCGUCUGCAUGUUUUUAUUGCACUUGGUGUAAUGUGGACGGAUAUUUGUGUCGACCAGCUGUUUCCUCCGUCUGAGCGGACUUGCAGGCGCAGCCUCCUCCAGCUCUUCCUGGGUGUUCACAAGGUGAUCUCAAGGUCAACGUCGAGACCCAAUUACUGACCACUGUUUGUUGUCCAUAUGUCUUCGAUUGAAACCAGUACCAGAAGUAAUUCAGUGUUUUUGGUAUUUGUUUUUACAGCUCAUGGGGUUUAAGGUGUCAGUGUCCUUUCUUGAAUGAAUCCUUGUUAAAUCGGCGGGAAUUGUUACCUUGUGAAUAUAAGCUCAGUUGACGUGACUCAUCUCCUUUGGUCGUCAGGUCCACCAGUUGACCAUCCUCACCCAUCUUCAUCGUCCCGCAGCAGCUUCCUUCAACAGUCCUGCUCCAUCCCUUCCUCUCCUCUCCACCUGUCCCUCUGAUGCACUCACUUCUGCGCCUGUCUUCUCCAGCCAUGUCAUCCUUAUCUCCAAAACAUGUUUCAGUCAUGUGCCAAAUGUCAUGCAGCUCUACUCAGAACCCUGCUUUGUGAUCAUGUUUGUCCAGCUAACCCUAACCCUAACCAACUGAACCAGUUCAGCACAAUGAAAACUCUCAGCUGUCCGGUUACUGACAUGCUUGUCUGGGCUCUUGUGCCACUGAACCAACCCCUUGAGUCAUUUUGUUCUUUCAAAAAUGUGCGUUGAGCUGGUGUGUUAGUGACGAUGACAGAAGCAAUGCCUUGGUUCCAAGAUGUGUCACUCGUCUAAGUCUUGACCAGCGCUUACGUGUGGUGUUCUGUGCCCAGUGUAUCGACCAGUAAAAGAAUUGUUGGACACAACUCCCCUCUGUUGUUCCUGUAUACUCCUGAAUGUGUGGCGCUUUUGUGACGCCUAACCAAUCUGUGACAUCUCAGAAGUCACCACGAAUGUCCCUCCUUGACAUUUCACUUACAAUCCCACAGAACUUUGGUCUGCUGAGCCAUCACCUCCACCACAAGAGCCAGAAAUGACACACUGUGUGUGUGUGUGUGUGUGUGUGUAUAACUUCCUAAGGGUUGUGUUGGUUUCUGAACACUUUUUGCCGCAGGGAUGUGUCUCCUGCUGCAUCUUCCGCUGCACCCCUUCUCAUCUUUGACCUCUCCACUGUCGCUAUUAAUAGGGCAAUCCCUUGUUAAAGAAUCGGUGCUGCCACAGAAGUGAAAGCGACAUUAUUUCAAACAAUAAGACGACGCCAACAAGGC